AUGUCGCUUACGAACCCUCCCGUUAAGGAAGAGUCUAGUGAAGCAACUGAUGAAGUGGAAGACGAUCCCCAAGUAGACCUCACACAUGGCAAUCGAAAGGUCUGGCUGGUCAAGUUUACGGAGGAGAUGUACAACGCCUGGGUAGACAGUCCACCUGGUACUGAGCUGGGUACUAUGAAGCUCUACACAGACUC